CCGACCAAACAAUACACGACGUCGUUUUCAAAACGGUCUUACCAGAACCAUCUAUGGAGUUAGCUAGCUAGCUAAGAAACUUCCAACUAAUCUUCUCCGCUUUUAAUACAUUAAUGCUUCUUCACUUCUCCUAUCAAACUCUUACCACAAAGCCUCGAGUGAAUCAAUUUCUCUCUUUAAGAUGUUAUCUCUACGAGUCCCUACUCCUACAUCCUUCCGGCGAUUGCAUGCCGGGAGAUCGCGGUUGAGUAGAGACUGCUUAAUCUCUUACUCGCCGAGUUUCGUAAACAGAGGAGUCAGACUAAGAGUCAGAUCUACCAAAUCGGAGGUUGUGUUUACGCCGACGGAGGAGGAGGAAGAAGAAGUAACUCUUCCGGAAGAGCUUCAGCCGGAGCUGAUGCCGAAACACGUGGCCAUUAUAAUGGAUGGGAACGGUAGAUGGGCUAAGAAUCAAGGUCUUCAACCUUGGGAUGGUCACAGAGCUGGCGUUGAAGCUUUGAAAGAGAUCGUUGAGCUUAGUGGUAGAUGGGGGCUUCAAGUUCUUACAGUGUUCGCUUUCUCUACUGAUAAUUGGAUUAGACCAAGGAUUGAGAUUGAUUUCUUGUUUAGUUUAUUCGAGAGAUCUCUCAAAUCAGAGUUUCAAACCUUAGCCAAGAACAAUGUUCGGAUAUCGAUCAUUGGAGAUUCAUCGAAACUUCCGAAAACUCUGUUAAGACUGAUCAACGAAGUUGAGGAAGCUACUAAGAACAACACGAGGUUUCAGCUAAUCGUAGCGGUUGGUUACAGCGGGAAAUACGAUGUUUUACAAGCGUGUAGAGGUAUUGCGCAGAGAGUUAAAGAUGGUGAGAUUGAUGUUGAUGAGAUAGAUGAGGGACUUAUCGAGCAAGAACUUGAGACGAAUUGUACUGAGUUUCCUUAUCCGGAUCUACUGAUAAGAACGAGCGGUGAGUUAAGAGUGAGUAACUUCUUGUUGUGGCAAUUGGCUUAUACAGAGCUCUUCUUUGCUCAAGAGCUAUGGCCUGAUUUUGGGAGGAGCGGUUAUAUCGAAGCUUUGAUGUCGUUUCAGCAGAGACAACGACGCUUUGGUGGUCGGAAAUCUUGAGUUUUUUUUCUUGCAAUAAACUAAUUGGUGUAAUGGAAACUGUAUAAAUAUGUAAUAAUGGAUUUGUUGUUUAUGCCUCAAGAACACUGCUUUCAAUAAGCCUUUUGGGAUAUUAUAGUUA